GCGGGCGAUCAGUGGCGGAUAUCGGUGUGGGCGUCCCACUGGGGGCCCUGGCGCUGCUGACCUUCGGGGCCGCGGGGGCGACAGCGGCCUUUGAUGUCUAUAAUAUCUCUGACGCGGAGUACUACUCCCUGCCCCAGCUGUACGAGCUGGACGAGUACUACGGCUGCCUGGUGCGCGGCGGCGUCUACUGCUUCGGGCUGUUCCAGCUGGAGGCGCCACCGGGGAACGAGCUGUUCCACAUGAUACAGCAAUAUUCAGCUGACUGGGUGCGACAUUCCAAUCACAGCCGGCUGAGCCGAGGGGUUUGCCUGUCGCGUCGCUGUCCGCGCACGCAUUCGCCGCAGGACGAUGAUCAGGAGUGGUUUGAAUCAUGCGUGAACUCGAGCAUAAUGGCGGAGUACAAGAUGUCGGCGCGGCUGACGCAGCUGGAGUACUGCACGCGCGAGCCACAGGGCGGGCGGCUGACGGCGGCGGGCGCGGCCUUUCUCGUCCUGCUGGCGGUGCUCGUGGUCGUCGCUGCCGUCAGCACCGUGAUGGACUUGAGGCUGUCCAGUGACAGAAAAAAAGGCUAUGGUUACCUGCUGUCGUGGUCGUUACUUCGCUCCUGGCAAAUGCUGACCGAGCCAGUACAGACAGCUGACACAGACCUUCGAUUCCUGGAUGGUCUGCGAGCAAUAUCCAUGACGUUUAUCAUUCUUCUGCAUACAGCGGCGUUCUUGGUAGUUUUUAACGUUGCCGAUACACGAUUGUACGAACAGAAUACAUUCUUGCUGGUAAAUGGACACCUAACUCUACUGGUGCAAGUGUUCUUCAUUGUGUCGAGUUUCCUGAUGGCAAGAAAAGUGCUCCAACAGGAGAAUGGCUCAGCCAGGAGGAACUUUCUAGAGACAAUGCAGAACAGAAUAGUGAGGAUACUCCCAAGCUAUAUAGUAGUGAUACUGUACAUGGUGUCUGUGCAUGAGUACCUCGGCUCGGGGCCCACGUGGCACCGGAUAGUUAAGGACGAGGUGGACACGUGUCAAGAGAUCUGGUGGAUGAACAUACUGUUCCUGAACAACUUCAACACUGGUCUUAAAUGCCUAUUUCAGACUUGGUACCUCGCAGCGGACAUGCAGCUGUACGCGGCAGGUCUGCUGCUGACGCUGCUGCUGCGCGGCCGCCGUGCUGUGCCAGUGCUGGCGGUGCUGCUCGCCACAACCGCCGUCUUUUACGUCUGCGUGGCCUACGCUUGGCAUCUCAUACCUGUGUAUGCGCUGCACGUUCCCGAUAACUUGUAUCGCGAGUACUCGGGGGUGACAACAUUCGACGUGCUGUACCAGUCACCCUGGGGCAACACGUUCGCUGCGCUGACGGGGCUGUUGCUGGCGCACGCGCAUCUUACUCUCAAGACGUCUAAGUAUGAUUUCCGUAGCAGCCAGGUGUUCCGAUGGGUGGCAAUGUUGGCAGCACCAAGUAUAGUACUCUGGAUCUUAGUUUGGCCCUGCAUCCACCCCUUGGGCCCGCCGACCAGGCUUAGAUCAGCUCUGCUGGCCGGGCUGGUUGGGCCUGUAAUGUGUCUGCUCACUGCUAUUUUGAUUAUCGAUCAACUGCAGGAAUCUGACUCACUGUUCCGACGGUUCCUGUCAAGCCGUGUAUUCUCUGUGCUGGCUCGGUUGUCAUUGCCAGUGCUGCUGGUGCACUUCCCCAUUGCCAGGGUCCAACUGGCUGCCAAAGACUGGCCAGAACAUCUCAACCUGUUUAAACUAACCUUCAACGCAUUCGGAGUGUGGGCGAUGUCGUAUACUGCGGCGGCGGUGCUGGCGCUGCUGGUGGAGCUGCCGACGCAGCGCCUGUACCGCGAGCUCCGCGGGGCCAGCCGGAGCCGGGACAAGCGGAACGAUUAACAUUUAGUACCUAAUAUUUGUACUAGA